GUAUUUACUUUCUACGGAAAGUUAAUUUGGUACUUCUGAAUCAACUGAAGUAUUUGGUGUUAGAGGUGAUGGCGUUGGUAAAAAAAGAGUUAUUCAGUUAUAUUUGUAAAGUUUCGCAAAUCGGUGCCCGUGUGACAAACAUGCUGCUCCUGACCCUGUUCCUAUUACAGGCACCUCUGCACUUCGCCCAAGACCAGUCUAGUCCAGACAGCACAAAGACCAUAAAUAUGGUUGAUUUCUCGCGCGGCUUGGCCAAAUUCUCCUUCCGAGUGUACAACCAACUGAUCAAGCAGAAACCCAAUCAGAACAUCAUUUUCUCGCCCUUGUCAAUUCGAACAGGAGGAGCCAUGAUCCGGAUGGGAGCCAAAGGAAUUACAAGAGGGAAUUUAGAUAACGGCCUUGUACUGGUUUACAAAAAAGAAGCAGAGAUUCCCGAGAGUUUUCACAAUGUGCUCGACGCUUUCGAGAAGAGUAGCAUUCUGCGUAUUGCCAACAGGAUUUAUAUCAAGGCUGGCUAUGAGCUGAAGGAUGAGUUCAGUUCAAUAAUGUCCAAACAGUUUCUAUCCGAUGUCAAGUCCAUAAACUUUGACAGAAAUGUGGAGGCUGCAAACCAAAUUAAUUACUGGGUCUCACUGCGAACCAACAACCAGAUAAAAGAUAUAGUUCCACCAAGUACAUUGAAUGGGGAUACGCAAUUGGUGUUGAUCAAUGCAAUACACUUCAAAGGAAACUGGGUGCAUCAAUUCUCAGAAAAAUACACCAGAAAUGAUGCUUUCUAUUUGAGCGAUUCCAGCGGCAUCAGAGUACCUACGAUGAACAUGCUAAAGCGUUUGAAAUAUGCAGAACUAUCUGCACUUGAUGCCACUGCACUGGAAUUGCCCUACAAAGACUCGGACUUGUCCCUGCUGAUCGUGUUGCCUAAUAGCAAUACCGGUUUACCACAGCUGGAGAAGAAACUUUCGAAUAUACCGUUUUCUCAAGUUACUGAAGCGCUCUACUCGACGGAUGUAAUUGUCAAACUGCCGAAGUUCAAGGCCGAAUUCGAUAUAGAGUUGACAGAAACCUUCAAGAAGCUAUAUAUGAACGAAAUAUUUUCGGAUAAGGCUGAAUUAAGCAGAAUAAUCAAAGGCUCGGAAAAACUGAAAGUGUCGAAAAUCAUUCACAAGGCUGUUAUCGAAGUGAAUGAGAGGGGCACUGAGGCAGCUAAAGCCUCCGGAAUAGAAAAAGUUACACAUACAACGACACGUAUAUUUAAUGCCGACCAUCCAUUUAAUUAUUACAUUGUCAAGGAUCAUAACAUGAUAAUAUUUGCUGGAAAGCUUGUAAACCCAACAAAAUAAAAUGAUAUACUUAAGAAGACUUCACUGU